GUCAGUUCGCGAUUGAUAGCCGGAGUGAAAAGACGCACUUGUCUGCUGUCAUAAUUACGGUAUAACUACAAGCAGAAGGAGAUAUUGUGUAUUGAUUUGCCAUUCCGGAGACUAUUUAAUAGUGUCGUCUGCUGAUAUAUUUGGAUUGUUUGUUAUGAAAGCUAAAUCAUUCGAAAAAUAUUAAAAUAUAUUAUAUCAUAAUUCAAGUGCUAACAAAAAUGACUUGUGUUUUAUCAAUGCCAGCGUUGUACACGAAUCAUUUUAGUGAGGGUGGUGCAGAUGUUCAAAAUAAUGGAUGUGAAAGUUUUGACUUUAACUGGAUAAAUGUUCCUCGUCCACAUUCCGGAUUAUCAGAUAAUCAGAUAUGUCCAACUUCAUGUCAUAUAGAAGCAAGCACGAGUUCAUUGAUUUCGUGCCAAAUGGAAAUUUCAAGUGUACCUUGUGGAAGCGUCAAACAUGGACAAUUUGAUGUUCAUACCGAAGAUAGUAAUAAAACGGACCUUAAAUCAAUUGACAUGGAAAAGGAUGUUGCUGCAAACGGAAAACCGUGUGUUACAGACUUGUUUGAAGUAUGCAACAAAACAGACGUGGAACUGGGUGACGAUCACAUGCAUAAAACAAAGCACGGAGUCAAAAGAAAAGCAGAAGUUACGGAGUCCGAAGAAGUCUACAUUCCAUCUAAACGAGUCUCACCAUUCUUAAACACACCAAAGGAAAGAAAAGAUGAAAGGAAAAAAAUUCUGAAAAUGUCUAUUAAAAAAUUAAAACAGUUAGAUGACCCUGAAGCCUUUCUUAGAAGAACAGUUCUUGUUAAUAAUAUCACGAAACGCCUUCAAAAGGAAUUACGACAAGAAAAACUUAGAAAUAAGAAAUAUGCAACAAAGAAAAGAAAGUCUUUCAGCGGAUAUGAUGUACCCACCAACAAUUGUAUGUCAGACGCUUACUUGUUUGAUGAUCCUUUUCUGAGUGGAAUCCAUGAGAAAAUUACAGACGAUAUGACAGACACACUCAUUAAAAACGUGUUUCAUGAUAAAACAAAUGAUCAGACUGAGGAAUCUGAUGAAAUGUCAGACACGAUAUCCGGUAAAAUGGAAGACACUGUGAUGGGCGAACAGUCGUGCGUUGACUCAAGAACUUUUACUCCGUUAAAUGUCGCAGACGACAAUUCAAACAAUUCAGCCGAAACAUCUAGUGACGAGAGUACCCCUGAAAUACAAUCCAGUAAAGAGUGUAGUCGUUUGACAUGUUUAGGCAAUAUUAAAGAUACGCAGCAAAUGUCUAUAGACAUUUCUGCUGCAUUGAAUGUGGCUAGAGGGGAACAGAAUUUCAUAAAUACCUGCCAUGAUAAUAGUGAAACAGAGGUUAAAGGUGAAAGGGACACUAACGUUUUAGAAAGCAUAGGAUUACCUUCAAGUGAAGUACAAAGCGUGCUUAAUUAUCAAAACACGGGAUGUGAUAAGUUACAUCUAGCCAAACUAGUAAAGCUUGAGAAAUCAACUGAUAUUCAAAUAAAUUGUACAGACACUUUUCAAAAUGAUCAAUGCACAGAGAAAUGUAAUUUGUCCCUGGCUUCACAAGGUGCAAUAAAUGAAUGUUACUGUAGCUUACACAUGUCGGAACUUGAUCAAAAAUUGGACCAGAAGACAUUAUUGCAUUCCUUCAACACAUUUUCGUCUUACACUGAAUUGUGAUAUUUGAAUACAUCCGACGGAUCAGUUGAGGCGAGAGAGAGAGAGGAGAGAGAGUACACAUUUUUACUGCGCCUAGCUGAACAUGCACUUUUUAAACCUAACUCGCAGUACUAAAAAUCAAUUGUGCAGAGUUUCAUAUACGAAUAUGGGUGUAAUAUACCUUUAUGCCCAUUAUACUAGUAACGUUAGCUAGUAAAUACCACUAUAUUCUUUUUUUUGCCGAUUAGCAUUUAUAGUUCAUGACGAGUCUUAACAAAAUGGUUUGCAUUUUUACCCCAGGAGCUGACUCAUAUUAUUUCACUUUUGUCCCAAGAUAUUACAGAAUGAAAGAACUGCACUGGUAUUACCAGCCCUGAAUUGAGGUUUAUUAGUUAAAGAUUUCAUAUUUGGAACCAUGAACAAUUGUCACAAUGUAUCUGUGUAAACAUAAAAUAAACAUACGUGUGUGUAUAAAUAGUUCUGUAAUACAUCACAAUAAUAAAUGUAUAAGUAAACAAAUAUGAAUAUGUAAUGUUUCAAAAUAACUAAGUUUGUUUUAAGUGGAUAUGUAAUCAUUGGUAAUUACAGCUAUAGUGCAGUUUAUAUAUUUAGGCCAGUGAAAUACCGCAGAUGUGAAAUCAAUAUGUCAUGGUGAAAUAUUUCAGUGAUUGAUUUUGAAAGAACAUCUUUAAGCGUCGGCAUUGAGUUGAAAUAAUGUAUAUCUAAAAAUAAGUUUAGUAGCUGUCAGCAGAUUUAAUACUACACAUGUGUUUUCUUAUUAUAUUAUUUAUAUUAUUUAACAUUAUUUAUUUAGAUCUUUCUUCUUGUGAUAUACAUUCACCGUUGUUUGUAUUUCCACUAUAUGACCAUUAUCGCAUUUUAUGAAAAAAUAUAAUGAUAGGUAAGAGUCAUUUGAGCCGCGCCAUGAGAAAACCAACAUAGUGGGUGUGCGACCAGCAUGGAUCCAGACCAGCCUGCGCAUCCGCGCAGUCUGGUCAGGCUCCAUGCUGUUCGCUUUUAAAGCCUAUUGGAAUUGGAGAAACUGCUAGCGAACAGCAUGGAGCCUGACCAGACUGCGCGGAUGCGCAGGCUGGUCUGGAUCCAUGCUGGUCGCAAAGCCACUAUGUUGGUUUUCUCAUGGCACGGCUCAUUUAUGAAAACCUUUGUUUCAUCUCAAAAGAUAUUUAUUGGUAUUUUGCUUUGUAACUGAUAUACAAGGUGCAAUUUGCAAAGCAAUCAACUCUGUUUUUAAUUUGGGAUGCAUUUAACAAAAUGUGAUGGUAUAUAAUAUCUAAAUGUUUAAAUUAUGUAAUAAAAUGUGAUAGCUUUACGAAGCUCAAAAAUAAAAUGAUGGAAGAAUCA